AUGUACGGCGAACUAGGCAACAAACUGGUUCAACACGCGAAACGCACCCAAUCCCUCGCCCAUCUACCCCCUUACCAAACCGAAAUCGUCCGCUCCGUAGCCCGCGAAGUGCGCGACCUCAACAACGAUGUCGCGCAUCACCUCGCGCCCUUUGAGAGCGUCGACGGAAGCCAACAAUCCUCUUUCAACCCUUCCGCACAACCGGCCAUUGCAUGCGCGUUGCUAGUAGAUCAUUUAUGCAUGCGACGAAAUAAGCGAUGUCUCUUAGCGUACCAUCGGGUCCGAGCGGAGAAGUUGGAGGAGAUGUGUUGGAAGGGUAUUGAUGUGUUGGAGCAGCAGCAGCCUGUCAACUCUGCCGGUGUCGGUGGCGCUGGGGCCAACAAUAAUGGGAAUAAGGAGCCUGCGACGGAAGAGAAUAAUGCGACUACGAAUUUGUCAGGACAGAGCUCGCUGAGUCCCGAGGAAGAAGAAUAUUUCCGGCUAUAUAGCGAGAUGCUGGCGGCGUAUAAAGGGCAGUGGACUGAUAUUGAUUUGACGGGCAGUCUGGAGCCGCCGAAGGAUUUGUUCAUUGAUGUGCGAGUGUUGAAGGAUGCGGGCGAGAUUCAGACUGAAUAUGGGGCAAUCAAUCUCACCAAAAACAGUCAAUUCUAUGUCCGGCAAGGCGACGUCGAGCGCCUGAUUGCGCAAGGGUAUUUGCAGCGACUGAGCUGA